GUACAUCUCCCACCAGCCUUUGACAACCAAGAGCCGCCGACGUCGUCUCUGCUUCUUUGUUGACACGCCUCACACCACCUACAUCUCGUAUCCUGUGACUCUCGGCUUCGCUGCAACGACAAAGACACACCGCCUUCUACCCAUCACCCUUACCACAAACAAGCGCUUGUAACCUCGCUGCCGACUCGUACAUCGCUGUCGUCGCCCUCGCACAUCUCACUGCCAACCCCCGUCGCUCCCUCACACAUCCCGCCGUCGCCAUGGCAGGCCAAAACCGCAACUAUGACUUUCUUAUCAAGCUCCUCCUAAUCGGUGACUCGGGUGUCGGCAAAUCAUGCUGUCUGCUGCGAUUCAGCGAGGACAGCUUCACCCCCUCGUUCAUCACCACCAUCGGCAUUGACUUCAAGAUCCGCACCAUCGAGCUCGACAACAAGCGCGUCAAGCUACAGAUCUGGGACACCGCAGGCCAGGAGCGUUUCCGUACCAUCACUACUGCAUACUACCGCGGCGCCAUGGGUAUCCUGCUGGUCUACGACGUGACGGACGAGAAGAGCUUCAAUAACAUCCGCACCUGGUUCUCAAACGUCGAGCAACACGCCAGCGAAGGCGUCAACAAGAUCCUUAUCGGAAAUAAGUGCGAUUGGGAAGAAAAGCGCGUCGUCAGCACCGCCCAAGGCCAAGCUCUAGCCGACGAACUCGGCAUCCCCUUCAUCGAGGUCUCUGCAAAGUCAAACAUCAAUGUAGAAAAGGCCUUCUUCUCACUCGCCUCAGAUAUCAAGAAACGCAUCAUUGAUUCCAGCGGUGGUGGUCAACAGGGCGCUCAACAAGGUGCCAGUCAGGUGGAUGUUGGCCAGGGUCAAGGUGUUGCGGGAGGUAUGGGAAAGAACUGCUGUUAAGAAUUCCUCCUUCGCAGCUUCUUCUUUCUCGCUGCUCUCUUCUUGCAUCUGCUCUGAUGGUCCCACACGCCGCUUUUUGUUGUUUCUACCUCAGCUGCUCUCAUGUUCUCUGUUUCUUCCAUUCUCGCUCUCUGCUUUUCUUUUCCCUGGGAAAGGCGUACCAUGGCGUCAAAGAUCUCCACUAUGGGUGGGGCG